CCGCACACGCGUUGAAUGCACUUAUACUUGGCUGGGCCACCAGGGCCUCGCGUCAUCUAUCUCAUCUCCCCCGAGCGCCGUCGAGUGCUUUCGUUCCGGCAAAGCGAGUCGAACCCAGCACAGGCCGUCGUGGAAUUCGUUCCACAAUCACAAGUCAACCUCAAUAAUGCGAUCCGUCUGACGACCAGAGUUAUCAAGGGUUGCUUGGGACUGAUCUCAUUGGAGAACGAUAUCUUCCUCGCUGUCAUCUCCAGCGCAACCGAGGUCGGGAAUACGCGCCCCAACUCUUCCCGUGUGGAGUCAGUGUCAAAGAUCCACCAAGUCAGCUUCUACAGUCUGACCGUUUCGACGUGGGAUGAUAUCGCAGCGGAGACCCUGGCCACGACAGAGGCGGCCGAUGCUAUCGUCAGGGAGAACUACGGCCAGAAUGUACCGACUCUCGAGCAUCCAUGCGCCCCGCUGACGAAGAUCCUCUCGUCCGGAUCCUUCUAUUACGCUUCCGACUCCCAGUGGGACGUAUCAUCGCGCCUGUCGCUCCGCCUCGUACGAGAUAAGACGCCGAACUUCAGCACUUUCGAUCCGGCCUUCAUCUGGAACUCGUUUCUGCUGCAAGGGCUGCUCGAUUUCCGGGACCGGUUGGACAGAUUCGAGAGGAGUGAAUUCGACGCGUGUCAGUUUAUACGUUUGGCGAUUCAAGGCUAUGUCGGCGUCUUCACCAUGGCCCUGCCGGCACCUCCAACGAGUGGUGCUCCGGCCAUCGUGACACUUUCGCUCAUAUCACGGCUCGGUUCGAAGCGGGCGGGCACACGAUUCAAUGCGCGCGGAGUGGACGAUGGUGGGAACGUAGCUAACUUCGUCGAGACGGAAACUAUCUUUACGACGGACCAGCAUUCUGUUAGCUACGUGCAAGUACGAGGGAGCGUUCCUUUGUUUUGGGAACAGCAAGGGCUACAAACAUUCGGUCAUAAGAUCCAGAUUACCCGGCCAACGACGUCCCAACCUGCAUUCGACCGGCAUUUCUCGCAAUUGGUGGACGACUAUGGCUCGGUGCAUGCCAUCAACCUGCUCGGCACCAAGGAGAAUGAAGCCUCUCUGACAAACGCCUACGCCCGUCACGUACAAAUCGCACGCGAGGGUCUUGGGGAUAGCAUUAACAUCAGCCACUUCGAUUUCCACAAUCAUGUCAGGGUUGGAGGACACGACAGCGUGAGCCGAGAGCUGCGACGGAUGGAUCGGAUUGCUACACAUGUAGAUGAAUACGGCUUCACGAUGUGUGAUGCGACGACUGACGAAGUCGUGACCGAGCAAAAGGGUAUCUUCAGGACCAAUUGCCUCGACUGUCUCGAUCGAACGAAUUUCAUCCAGGAGAUCUUAUCUAGAGGAACAUUAGAACAGUAUCUGCUUCUCGUGAGACGAGAAUGGCUGCAUUCCAACACUCUUUGGACACAUCACCGUGAGUUGUGGGGAGACAACGGCGAUGCGCUAUCCAAGAUCUAUGCCGGCACUGGGGCGCUCAACACCAGUUUCACGAGGAGUGGGAAACGCACAUUAGCUGGCGUCCUGUCGGAUGCGACGAAGAGUGUAUCUCGGGCUUACAUCAACAACUUCCAAGACAAGGCCAAGCAGACUGCUAUCGACAUGUUCCUCGGGAAUCUGAGCAACCAGCGGUCGGUGACGAUAUUCGAUCCCAUCCACGACUCUGUCCGAGAUGCGCUAGAAUCUCGGAUCAACGAAUACUCGUCAACCAGGCAGUGUUCUCUCUUCGUCGGAACAUGGAAUCUCAACGGCAGGCCUCCUUCUGAAUCGCUGUUACCUUGGCUAUUCCCACGCGAAACCAAGUCCGAACCAGACAUCUUUGUCCUCGGAUUCCAAGAAAUUGUCCCUCUCACCGCGCAGCAGAUCGUGCAGACAGAUCCUGAGAAGCGGAGGGUCUGGGAAGCCAGGAUUUUGGAGACGCUUGACCGACGGCCGACGAAAAAGUCGGACUAUGUAUUGCUGCGCAGUGAGCAACUGGUUGGUACAGCGUUGCUUGUGUUGGUGAAGACGGAGGUGGCGCCGUUGAUGAGGAAUGUCGAAGCAGCGACUAGGAAGACCGGUCUCCGUGGGAUGUCGGGCAACAAAGGCGCUGUCGGCGUGCGAUUGGAUUUUUGCGACACCAGUUUCUGCUUCUUGACUGCGCAUCUGGCGGCAGGUCAUUCAAACGUCGAGGAGCGUAAUAUGGACUACCGCACGAUUGUGAACGGGCUGCAUUUCCAGAAAGGAAAAACGAUCCAGGUCCACGAUAACAUUGUCUGGCUGGCGGAUACCAACUACCGGAUAGACCUUGAGAACGAUACGGUCCGUUCCCUGGCAGUUGGCGACGAGUAUGACGCGCUUUUGUCUGGAGAUCAGCUGCGACAAGCGAUUGACACUGGAGCAGCGUUUGCUGGAUACGAGGAGGGCCCACUAUUGUUCAGACCGACGUAUCGGUACGACCUGGGGACGGACAAUUACGACACGAGCGAGAAGAUGCGCAUUCCUGCGUGGACAGACCGCAUUCUUUUCCGGGGCGGUGACUUGGAUUUGUCGACGUACUCACGCGCUGAGUUGAAGGGAUCGGAUCACAAACCAGUAUUUGCUACGUUCAGAGCGUCGGUUCGAACCAUCGACGAGGCGAAACGGACAGCGCUGUCACAGCUUCUUCUGCGGAAUGUGCUUGCGACGGGGCCAGGGCAGAGACUGGACGAGCAGCUGGCUGCACUGUCCCUGCCCUCGACAGUAGGAGACCUGCCGCCGCCCAGUUCUGACGAGAGUGCGUGGUGGAAUGGACCUGCGCACAUGAACGGAGCCGUUUCUGAGGUCGAGAUACGGCAUCUCCGGACCGGGGUAACAAAUCCCUUCGAGCUUUCUGAUUCCGACUCGAUCUCAUCGUCGUCAUCUUCGGACGAGGAGCUGUACACCGAUGCCUUGACACUGCAUGCGCCGAUAUCUCCAGUGCAAUCUGCAAUCCCUCGGAAAAUGCCGCCGCCUCCACCUCCUCGCAAGAAACCGCCGCCCGUUGAGUAAGCAGCCACAUAGCGAGACCAUUUCUCCGUCGGCUCCUGUUCCUCGACAAUGCAUGAAGUGAUGUUCCAAGCACACUGACACGUCAUCAGGACUGUCGUACCACAGGAUACCAGGUGACUGACCUCGAGUGAACAGUUGAAGUAAAGAUGGUCGCCAGGUCGGAACGUGCGCGCAAUGUCGGCAACAUCCGCGAUCGCGCUCCGGUGUUUCUUCAGCACGAGGGCAUCGAACGGAGCGGUGACGCUGUAUACUUCAGCCAGCGCGGCGAGCGAUAUGAUGAUGCAGCCUUUGAGCGCCAGCGAGAGCAAUCUCUGUUCCGUGGACACGUCCAGUUGCGAGAUCGCAGCGAUAUGUUUUUCGACAUCAGCGACGAGCACUUUGCAAUGAGCAGACCACUCGCUCGCAACUGCAUUGUCUGCUGCAGUUGAUCUGAGUUCUGUGUGCGGCGAUUUGCACCUCAGAAUGACUUGCCAGAGUCCCACUCCGCCCGCAGCUCCUUGGCUCGGACUACAAAGUGUAUGCUUUUAGCCCUGAGAUAAUUGAUCUCGGCAUAGCCCGUGUCGCUGGCCUGAUGAGUUGUAAGCAGAGAUUAUUCGACGAGCGCAUGACGGCGACCGACGACAAGAUGCCGAAACUUGGCCAACAGGACCGACGGAAGCUGCGGAGAAUGUUCUGUGCUGAGGCCAGCGAUGCUCGUCGCCAUCAUGACAUACACCAUAUGCGACAAAGCCGAUCUCGCUUCGGCAGCGAGCCCCGACGGCACAUCCAGCACAUGAGGACUGGGGGGUCCACCGCCACCGAAUGAGAUGGCAAGGUUGUCGGCGUUGAGUCUCAGGGCGUGCUGAUUCUGCAUAACGACGUUGCUCGCCUUCCCAAGGAACUCCUGCGACUUGUUGUAUUCCGCGUUCUUUGCGUGGUACACCCCCAGCAGUUGGUACACCUGGACGUAGGUCAUAGGGUCGGGUGCACGCACGGAUCCCGCUAGGAUGUCCAAGAUGUGCAGCUUGUAUCUCUUUUCGAUCGCUGUCUGCCGUGUGAUGCGCCCGUCGCUCGAAGAGACGGGGUCGGUGGCGACCAUGUAACCCAUCAACGCACACAGCACGAUGAAGACUGGGUGCACGACGGCCCCAGAGGUGUCGCCAUCGGCGAUGGCUGCUCGCUUGUCGGCGCUGAUGUUGAAGCCGUAAUGCCAGCAAUGUUGCAGGAAAAGACAGCGCCUUAUUCCCUGUAUCAGCAAGCAGAGCAAGUCACUGACCAGCGUGUUCGGGCACUCACAACGCAAAUGAGUCGAGCUGACCGCCUUGGUCUGGGAGCGUUUCCGAAGGGGAGGCAAGUGGAGAGGAGGUCUCUUCUUCCGGUGGGGGACUAUCAGCAGAGGAUAUAUUUGGGAUCGAGACGAUGUUUGAGGGCCCGGCAGCGGAUUGCGACUCGGUGUUCAUCUCAGUCGAUAUCGGGCUGGAUUUCUCCUUUCUUGCAGCGCGUCUCUCCCACACUUUCCCACCGUAGUGACACGAUUCCGACAUUCCCAGCCGAACGCAGCCGGAGCACGGAGUCUCGCCGCUGCAUUUCUAGCACCCACCUCAGUCUCGGUCGCGGGGCGCAACACCGUCGAGCCACACACCUUCUUCUUCUGCCUGCACGAUGAGCCCGGACAUCAGAGAGAUACGGCACGGCGCUCACCGGCAGGAGAUGCACGCAGCGCCUUUCGUAAGACCUCCCGGAUUCUUCGAAGGCGCAUACACGCAAGCGAGGUGGCCGCGCGAUCGCGUACAAGGCCCGCACGGGUCCAAGCCGUCACACCGCUAGGCGACUGCCGCUGAGCCGGCUCGAUUGGGUGACGCUUCGGGACGAAGUGGACGCACCACUUUGCGUGUGCGGCAGGCUUUGCAUGUUCUUGGAGGUUCAGACAUGUAGUGCUAGUACAUUCGUCGAUGGAUAGAUAUUACAGGGAAACAGCAGUUAUAAAUGACAUCGACGACCCUGCCAGUAACACAGGUUCUGCAUCCGGAAGAUGCACUAAAUAAUACCCUGCUUUUUCAAGUCUUCAUACGUUUUCCGGUCAUACACAUUGCCCUCUUCGUCCUCGAGCUCUUCCAUCGUGUCCUGUUGAUGCAUGUCCCGCCGAUUGUCUUUGCUUAGUUUCUCGGCC